AGGAUUUCCUGGGUCGAUCGCCGAACUCAGAUGCAUUCUUGGAGGAAAUUUUUGGGAAGGUUGCCAACGCAAGCCUGUGAGGAAUGUGUCAAAGCAGUGAGGUCCCCACAACGGAUACAUUACGUAGUUAUGUCAUCCCAGAGAGGUCCUCGCAACGUAUACAAUAGGUAGUCGUGUCAUGGUAUGGAAGACCCAAGAGAAAUUGAAAGUGUAAGAAUCGGGAAGACCACGUGCACGGGGUUUACUGAUUUAGGAAUCCCCCUUGCACUGCCCACCGAGUGAUAGCGAAUAACAAGGACAACUUCCAUACCAGCGACCAACGCGGAAUAUCUAACAGCAGACAUUCCAUAAACCCGAGGUUAAAGUAUAUUGUUGGGUCUAACUCGAUAUUAGGUGUCUAGAGCAGGAACAAGGAUGAACGGGGGAAAAGAAGCAAAGCUAUCAGUCUCGAACGACGUAGCCACCAAUUUCAGAAAACUCCUGGCAGCUCAGAACGCCGCAUCGUCGUCUUCUGUUACAUCGCCGCCUUCGGCAUCUGCCAUGAAAACACCUGAACUGACGCCUCGCACUCCUGGAUCGUUUGGGAAGAUAUCUUUUAACUCUAUGAUGGGGGGUCUUUCUGCGCUCUCUUUGUCUCGCACGGUGACGAAUGACGACAAAGAUAAGGAAAUUCGCGGACGCGCCCCAAGCAAACGGAAGCCUCGCUCCUCGUCUUUUGUACUCCCGUCUUAUACAAAAGACAAGGACAAGGACACAGCAUCCGUAGCUUCCAAGGAGUCCAUUCGUGCUCGUUCGUCAUCUCCCUUCAGUCUACGCCGUUUCCGUCCCCGCGAUCGCGACGCAUCUCCUGCUCCUCUUCCUCUUGAAGAAUCAGACUGUGACUCUGUCACUUCACGACGCACACUUGCCGUCCGACCUCGCAAUGCUUUCACAGAGGAUCUGGAUUCAGGUUCAGAGUACGCUGGAGAAGAGACAGAAGAUGAAGAAGACGAUUGGAGCGAUGAUGUCGGGGGCAUGUUUGAUUUCGUCACCGAGAGGAACACGGAGCAGAAUGCGCUUAUUGCUGCUCAUGAGAUGCCAAUGGGAGACCUGGAUCCUGACGACGUCACUAUGGACCCUGACCCAUUGGGCGAAGGCGUCAAUGUCGUAGUGCCACCUGAACCCUAUUUCCCUUCUACUCUGAACCGGUCGAGCCUCACCUCAAUGAAAGGCAAGCGUGGGGGUUCGAAGCGAAAGAAGUCCCGGCAUCAUGAAACUCUUCCUUUGAAGACUGCUCGUCCGCUAUUCCAGCGUGAUAGGUGCACGAUCACCAUGACUCAAGGCGAUCCAGAGGCAUCAGAAAGACGGAGGCGGAUGUACAUUGUCGCUAGUGACCUCAGCGAGGAGAGUCGUUAUGCUGUUGAAUGGGGUAUCGGCACAGUGAUUCGAGACGGCGAUCAUCUGCUCAUCGUUACGGUUGUCGAAAACGAGGCUAAAGUUGACCCACCGAUCCCCAACCCAGCGGAUCGCUCCACUAGACUUCGUUCUCAACAGGAACGUCAAGGCCUUGCCUAUAUCCUCGUCCGUCAAGCAACGGCGCUCUUACAACGCACGCACUUGAACGUGACAGUCUCCUGCCAAGCAUGGCACUCGAAAAACUCGCGCCACAUGCUCCUCGAUAUUGUUGAUUAUAACGAACCCACGAUGCUGAUUGUGGGGUCCCGAGGCUUGGGUCAGAUCAAGGGUAUUCUCUUGGGCUCAACGUCACACUAUCUCAUUCAACGAUGCUCCGUUCCGGUUAUGGUUGCCCGUCGCCGGCUCAAGCGCCCCCCAAAGCGCUCCGCUCACCUUGCCAAGAACCGCAUGCACGUCUCCCUUGCAGAGGCCGGGAUCGACAGAGUCGCCCCCAAGGUUGACCAGGAUGUCGCGGUCAUGCGGGACGAGAUGCAGCGGGACGAUGAUCGGCGAGGUAAGGAGGGGGAGAGGGUUAUCGACGAGGAUGGGGAGGAGCCUGGAGAGGAGGGCGAAGGAGACGGCGCGGAGGGUGAGGGGUACUUGGGCACUAAGGUUGGGGGAUCAUGAAAUGCGAGUUUAAAGCUCGUCGAUUCCUCCGUGCAGUAAUGCCUUUGGGUCUGACAUUAAAGUUCUUCUUUUCUUUUUUUACUUCAGGUGCACCCAGCCAUAAGUGGCUGCUGAAACGAUGUUGAUACCUGAGGCCUGAAUGGUGAGAUGGGUACCACAGCUUGGUCAUGUAUGAUAGCCAUAGACGAAUAUUUUUACAAGGUUGUUACACUGGAGCAUUACAAAUUAAUUAUAAGUAGCUGCAUUUUGUCCGCACGAUCACACGGUGCCAUGUAAAUGUAGUGGCGAGUUCAUACUCGAGU